GCAGCCGGAACAGUCGGCAAUCGCGACUUGAACGCUUCGGUAACUCAGCCAACAAAGCUGAAAUGUCGCAGCUUUUGCGUACGUUGGGUAUCCAAUCGGUGCUGCUGGUCCUGUUCCUCUGUCUGCUGCAGGCCAUGGAGCUGCAGCUGCAUGAGCAGCAACUGCAACAGCAACAGGACGAUCAGGCGCGCCUCAGGGAACAGCAACUGCGGCAGCAGCAGCAGCGCGAGCAGCAGGCACAGCAGCGACGCCACUCCUCGACGACCACCAGUCGAAAGCCCUUCAUCAUUCCCAAUGGCCUGUCGCUUCCCCGACGAGGAGAACAUCCGGACAAGUGCUUUCGGGAAGUUCCGGCUGUCUUCUUUCAGUACGACAAGGAGGUGAAGAUCGUGGGCAACAGCACCACCAACCGUCACUUCAACGUCAUCGAAGUGUGCUGCAAGGGCUGGCGGCGGUACGAGUACGAUUGGAGCAGGUGCGUCCCCGACUGCGACGAUCGCUGCCAGGAGAACGGCUUCUGUCUGGCCGGCGGGAUCUGUCAAUGUUUCGACGACUUUGUGCUGAACUACCGCAACAACUGCGUGCCCACCUGCCCACUGGGCUGUCCCCACGGGCGCUGCUUCCUGAACGGGACCUGCCUCUGCGACAGGGGCUACGAGCUGGAUGGCUCGCGACUCUUCUGCCAGCCGCAGUGCAAUCAGACCUGUGGCCACAACGAGGUCUGCCUGGAGCCUGGCAAGUGCUCCUGUGCCGAGGGCUACGUCAGGGGUUUGCGGGAGUCGGCGGCCCUGGGCUGUCAACCCAUCUGCAUUCCCGACUGCGGCUACGGACACUGUGUGGCCCCGAACCAAUGCGAGUGCUUUCCCGGCUACCAUAAGCGGAUCAAUGGUACCUCCUGCGAAAACGGUUUCUACAAGCGGUGCGAGAAUGGCUUCCGUGCGAACGAGACCACUUGUGUGUGCCAGAACGGGUUCCGCUACGACAAUUAUACUGCCAGCUGCCUGCCGGACUGCGGCGACAACUGCGAGAACGGAGUCUGCAUCUCUCCGGGCAACUGUCGCUGCUUCAACGGGUACGUGCGGAACCGGGAGAAGUGCGAGGCCGUCUGCGAUCGGGGCUGUGGCUUCUAUGGCAAGUGCAUUGCUCCGAAUGUCUGUGGGUGUGCCAUAGUGCCCGGACCCGAGACCAGCUAUCAGAAGUGUGCGAUGGGACUGUGCAGCGCCCUGGGCCGCUGUCGCUGUCUGGAGGGGAAGAUGCGGUUCAUUGACAAGUGCAUGUCGCCGGACACGGUCACCACAUAUGCCUCGGUGGAUCCAACGCGCGCGAACAGCUCCCUAAUCCUGGAGUUCGAGCUCCUACUGGGCAGGCACUUCAUCCUGGGCGGAGCCGAGCGGUUCCAUAAUUCGAUGUGGUGGCUGUGAGAGGGAGCGCCCCCACAUGGACUGAUAGCAGUUCAUGUUCUCCUCGAAGUCACUCUCUCUUUGCCGUAAACCCACUCUCUCUCACUUUUCAGCCACAAAGAAAAUUGAAAUAAACAAUGAAAUAUUUCCCAACUAUA